ACUUUAAUGGAGCGCCCAUCGAGUCAAAAGCCCAAUAGCUGAGCCUAGCUGAUCUGAUCUGUCAUGGCAUCUCUUCUCUUCUCGCCGCCAUCUCGUUUCUCUCUUACUUCCUCCAAUGCUCGCUUCCCUUUCCCAAGAGCUAGAAUUAGGGCUUACCUUUCUCCUCCCCGCGGUGUCUGGUCUCGGCAUCUGAACUCUAUGAGUCAAUCCGCAGGAUCGGAAUCACUGCCUUCCGAGGAUGAAGGCGGCGCGAAGAUGGAGAACUCCGACGUCAUAGUUCAGUACGUGGUACUCCGGCGAGACCUAAUCGACACGUGGCCGCUCGGGAGUGUGGUGACGCAGGGCUGCCAUGCCUCCGUGUGUGCGAUUUGGUCCCACAAAGACGAUCCUCAAACCAUCGAGUAUUGUAGUUCCCAAAAUAUUGAUUCUAUGCAUAAGGUUACUCUCGAGGUGAAGGGCGAACCUCAUAUCUUGAACUUGUCAGAAAAGCUCACGGCAGGUGGCAUCACUCACAAAUUGUGGAUAGAACAACCUGAAAACAUCCCAACGUGCCUUGCUACGAAGCCAUACCCCAAAUCUGCAGUUUCUUCAUUUUUCAAGAAGUUGAAACUCUGCAAGUGAUAUAUGUAACCUUAAAUUUUUUCAACAACCCAUUUUGUUUUGUGGGUUCGCGAGGAAUUUCCUUGAACUAUGAAUUGAAUUUCCUUGGUUAGUUAGAGCACUUUAAGCUCAAGUCUUGUGUAUAAACACCUCUCAUAUGUAUGAAUUAGACACGCUGCAAUAAUAUCUUUCCUUUUCAGUCCA